CGGGCGGAGGAAAGAGUUCCCGGAGCACUCGGAGGCUCGUCUCGGGGGCAGAAGGUCCGGCGGUCGCUAACCUCAACCGCCGUCGUCGGGGAAAGCGCGCACGGCGUGCUCGCGGUCGGCCAGGAGAGCGGCCAUUUUAUGUUAGUAAUGACGUAGAGGCUGGGUGUAGCUUCGCGUUCAACCGUCCGUAUUCGUUGGAAGAGGCGAGAAAGCUAGAAAUCGUUCCGAUGGUGGGACCGAGGUAGAUGCCCGGAAAGAGCAGAGGAGGUUCGUGAUUAGUACGUUAAGUAAACCGAGCGAGCGAGCGGCCGAGGAGCGAAAAGGUAGCCCGAUUCGGUUUACCGCAAGCCGCGAGCAUGAGCGAGGAGAGCAACCCACGAACGCUGUACGUGGGUAAUCUGGACGCUAGCGUGUCGGAGGAUCUGUUGUGCGCGCUCUUUUCGCAAAUCGGUGCAGUGAAAGGAUGCAAGAUCAUAAGGGAGCCGGGGAACGACCCGUACGCCUUCGUGGAGUUCACGAAUCACCAGUGCGCGGCCACGGCGCUGGCCGCCAUGAACAAGCGGUCCUUCCUCGAAAAGGAAAUGAAGGUUAACUGGGCGACCAGCCCGGGGAACCAGCCGAAGCAGGACACGAGUAACCAUCACCACAUAUUCGUCGGGGACCUCUCGCCGGAAAUCGAGACGCAGACCCUGAAAGAGGCAUUCGCGCCCUUCGGCGAGAUCAGCAACUGCCGGAUCGUCAGGGAUCCCCAGACGCUCAAGAGCAAAGGGUAUGCCUUUGUUUCUUUCGUCAAGAAGUCGGAGGCCGAGGCGGCGAUAACGGCGAUGAACGGCCAGUGGUUGGGCUCGCGCAGUAUCAGGACAAACUGGUCUACCAGAAAGCCUCCUCCGCCGAGGUCCGAGAGACCGCGACACUCUAAUAACAGUAAACCCAACUACGAAGAGGUAUAUAACCAAAGCAGUCCGACCAAUUGCACGGUGUAUUGCGGCGGUUUCACCAGUGGUAUCACAGAGGAGCUGAUAAGGAAAACGUUUACCCCAUUUGGCACUAUCCAAGACGUCAGAGUGUUCAAGGACAAAGGUUAUGCCUUCAUUAAAUUCACGACUAAGGAAGCGGCGACGCAUGCCAUUGAAUCGAUGCAUAAUACGGAAAUCAAUGGCAGUAUCGUAAAGUGCUUUUGGGGGAAAGAGAACGGAGACCCUAACAGUGUCGGCCCUAAUGCCAAUCAACAGGCCCAACAGGUGACGGCGGGGGCCGGUCAGUACGCAUACGGCUACGGCCAACAAAUGGGUUACUGGUAUCCGCAAGGCUAUCCCCAGAUGCAAGGCCAAUUCUUGCAGCCCGCUCAGUACUACGGCCAAUAUUACGGACAGCAAGCUCAGUACAUGAACAGCAUGAGGAUGCCCGCUCCUGCUGCCGGAACAUGGCAGCCCGGCCAAGCAACAGCCGCGCCUCCGUCAGCGGCCGCACCGCUCCAACCGGGCCAACAGCCCGCCAUGGUAACAUACACCAUGCCGCAGUAUCCCACACAAUGAAACCGAUUGUACCAACUGACGCCAUCUAAAAGUUACGUACGAAAAAUUGAACAGGGGCUUCCGCAGAAAUCGCUCCUUUAUAUACCAGUUAAAUCACGUGCGUUAUCGUCUCAGUCCGUAAGGGAGCUCAGCCGUAGCCCUCCCGACAUGUUUCUGCGUGAUAGCUUUUUCACCCAGACCGUUCGCUGCGACUUGUUUUCGAUUGACAGUAACGUAACUAGAGGACCCUCCGACACGCCGCGACUUUCUAACGCACGUGUCUUCGUUAUUCGACUCCACGUGGCGAUUAAUACCGCCACGGUGGAAGGAGACGAGCGACACGGGAUCAUUUAACAUUGAUUGGCACGGUCGUCGCCGACCAUGCUUCCCCGUUUUUCAACCAGAGCCUGAUAUCAAACUCGAGCGGAGACGUGUACACGUGGUAUAUCAACGGGAAUUUCUUUGAAAGCCCCUAGGAAGAGCCCUGCAUUCGUUAGGCGGCGUAGAAAGUACGCUAACGAGGCGCGCGACUGUCAUGAUGUUAUAUUUUUUAAUAUUUUUCCCCAAUGUGCGAGCCCUAGUUUAUUUCGAGUCGUUGAUGACCACCGUCACGAAUGUUCGUUUGCGAUCGUGACCGAGGACGAUACGGGACGUAGGAUGUAAGGUAGAGGACGUAGCUAAACACGGCGCCUGUGAUGUAGCUAGACUCGGACGUCUGUACGCCGUUACGUAUGCAGGGUCCUUUUUCCAUUUUCUUUUUCUUCUUUUUUUUUUUUCCUUUUUUUUUAAACCCCAGGUGUAUAACACGACAAACGAGUUCCAAACUUACUCCGAUGCGAACCAUUUAUCGUCGGUGGGCCGACGCACGCCCGAGCGAGGAAGAUUUAGUCCUAAUUCGUCUCGACCUGGUCGACUAACCGUUAGACUUUGUUAACACCGAGCUAUUGUUACGCGUGUUGAAGACAAUUUUUGUAUGAAACUCUGUUAACGAUCGCGGGUCGUUCUGAUGCCCUCGAGAUGAGAGUUUCGCCGCUAUCUUGGAAGACGCGAUCGUUUACACCGAGGUCCGUCCUCGUGCCUCAAUUUUGGCGUUAAGGUGAUAUGAAAGGGUGAUUUUGUAUGCAGAAUUAGAGGUGAGAAAAAAGGUGAUUUUGUAUGCAGAACUAGAGGGUCGGUCGCGGUCAUUGAUCGCGAUCUCGGUCUUCAUUGUUCGUCCCCUGAUCGUUUUAAUCAACCGAUCACCGAAACUCGCUUAUGCCAUCGGAUUUUGUUUCUUUGAUCUAAUGAAACUUUUGACACCCUCGACCACGACCUAAAGACAUGUAUCGAUGUGUAUCAUGUAUAUUCAAAAUGCGAACCGGAAUCCGUCGGAAAAGCGGUGCCUUUGUUUCGCGACACGCACACGCACGAGAACAGCGCUUUAGUAAAGGUGGACGUGAAGAUGUUUGUAAAGCUUUUCGUCAAACUGGGGGCAACGAAUCGUUGGAAACUUCACACUUUAUGAAAGCUCUAAGGUGGAACGCGGUGCUCGUGGAAUUUCAUUUUUCACACAAGAUAUGUAUACUUGGUUCUGGUCUGGGACUGAAAUUUU